CGUUAGCGACCAGUGUUCUCUAUUGUGUUUAUGUUGAGCUGUCUUCGUUUUGUUUCGCCAGAGGAAACGGGGUUGAGCUAUAAAAUAUAUUUAGCCACCUCUGGACAUGGACUGGAAUAUAUCUUAAAUAUUAGGCUUCUGUGAACACGUUCAAAAUGAAUAACAAAGGCUGGCUGGAGCUGGAGAGUGAUCCAGGAUUGUUUACUUUGCUAGUGGAAGAUUUUGGUGUCAAAGGCGUCCAAGUUGAGGAAAUCUAUGAUCUGCAAAGCAAAUGUCAAAGUCCUGUUUAUGGCUUCAUCUUCCUGUUUAAGUGGAUUGAAGAGCGUCGGUCCAGGAGAAAAGUCAACACCUUGGUGGAUGAGACCUCGGUUAUAGAUGAGGAAAUUGUAAAUGAUAUGUUCUUUGCUCAUCAGCUGAUACCAAACUCAUGUGCCACUCACGCUUUGCUAAGUGUUCUUCUGAACUGCAGCGGAGUCGAGCUUGGCACCACCCUCAGUCGCAUAAAGGCUUUUACUAAAGGCUUCAGUCCUGAAAGCAAAGGCUAUGCUAUAGGAAAUGCUCCAGAGCUUGCCAGGGCACAUAACAGCCAUGCCAGACCGGAGCCCAGACAUCUGCCGGAGAAACAGAACGGGAUCAGUGCGGUGCGGACGAUGGAAGCCUUCCACUUUGUCAGCUACGUUCCAAUCAAAGACCGCCUCUUUGAGCUUGAUGGGCUCAAGGCUUACCCCAUUGAUCAUGGGCCCUGGGGAGAGGAUGAGGAAUGGACUGACAAGGCUCGCCGUGUCAUUAUGGAGAGGAUCGGCCUGGCCACUGCUGGUGAGCCGUACCAUGAUAUCCGCUUCAACCUGAUGGCAGUGGUGCCUGACCGCAGAAUGAAGUAUGAGUCUAAGCUGGAAAUUCUAAAGAGGAACCGACAGACAAUUCUGGAGGGUCUGCAGAAGAUGAUUCGGCUGACUCAGCCUGAGGUUGUCCAUGACAAGAAGCAGCAGAACUCCUCCUCUCCAGAUGAAAACACCAUCAAGAAGGAAGCAGACGCAGAUUCAGUCGACGAGUUAGGUGCUCAGUCCAAGGAUGGAGCUGGCCCCUCUGGAAGCUCAAAGGUCAGGGGAAAGCCACCGGCCCCAACAGGAGGAGUCAACCCCAUCGUUCAGCGCCUGCCUGCCUUCCUCGACAACCACAACUACGCCAAGUCCCCGAUGCAGGAGGAGGAAGAUCUUGCAGCUGGUGUUGGACGCUCUCGGGCAACAGCCCCUCCCCAGCCAUCGUUCUCAGAAGAUGAAGAUGAAUUUGAUGAGGAUGAAGAAGAAGCAGCAGCUUCUGCAAGUGCUUCCAGCAGAUUUAGACGAAAGGCGAGCCUGCGGUCCAGAACGGGACGAGUUGGAACUGGGAUGGAGAGCCAGAUUGCCCUCAAUGUGUUGGCAGAGAAACUGAAGAAGGAAGCUCAAAGAAAAGAUGGUGUAAAUACCCCUUUGUCUGUGCGCACUGAAGGUCGCACCGGGGGUAUCUGCAUCACGGCCGCCUCGCAGCCUUCUCCCACACCCAGCAACGAAAGUACAGACACAGCCUCUGAAAUUGGCAGUGCUUUCAACUCCCCGCUGCGCUCGCCGGCUCGCUCCCAGGCGGCCACACGGCCGUCGAGCCCAGUCGCGUCCCAUCUGUCCCGUGUGCUGUUCGGAGAGGAUGAAAUGUUGAGGCUUGACUCCAGACAUAAUCGGGCUGUAAGAGAACUUGGUCCUUCAGUCAGUGCGUCACUGCUACACCUACAGGAUGACGGAGUCAUCUAUGCUCUCCCUCCAUCUGGAGAUUCUGCUGAAGGCACGAAGCUCUGCACCCCUGAGAAGGUAAAACACAAAGUGAAAGAAGAUGAAAAAGAUGGCAUAAAAGAGGGAGAUGAGGGACCGUCUGUAGCGGUGAAGAAAGAAGAUGAGAAUGAAGAUGGAGCGGAGGUGAAACCUAGCAAGGAAAAACUCAACGUUACACAGUCUGGAGCAGACAGCAAACCCCCAGGGGAAAAGUACUCUCCAAAAGAGCUGCUCGCACUACUCAAGUGUGUAGAGGCUGACAUUGCGAAUUAUGAGGUGUUUCUUAAGGAGGAAGUAGAAAAGAGAAAGAAAUUUAAAAUAGAUGAUCAGAGGAGGACUCACAAUUACGACGAGUUUAUCUGCACAUUUAUUUCAAUGUUGGCCCAAGAAGGCAUGUUGGCCAGCCUCGUGGAGCAAAACAUUUCUGUGCGCCGCCGGCAGGGAGUGAGCAUUGGCCGGCUGCACAAGCAGAGGAAGCCCGAUCGAAGGAAACGCUCCCGACCUUACAAAUCCAAACGACAGUAAUCACAAACAGUCACCAUGAGCACCAAGCAAUCACAGCAAGGAAAAGAAGGAUGUUGCUGCACUUCUGAAAACCAUUCCUUUAGACAGUAUUGUGCUGUGUUGUUUUUUUGCUUCAUUAAAUGUACUGUUUUCGGUCGUGAACACGUAAAUGUUAGUAAUGCUUGCAUUAUUUUUCCCGGCUGAUCUUUUCCACAUUUUUGUCUUCAGUAAUUUCAUAGAGCUUAAGCUUAAGUAAAACCUCUGUAACUGAGCUAUUAACAAAAAUGUUAUAUUUCCUCAGUGCCAAUGAAGUAUUGAAUGUUUUUUGUCAUAUAUAGGUGGGCCUUUUUUAUUCUUUCAGUGAAUUUCAGCAUCCAGACAUUCAGUGGAGAAAUUUAGUCUGUAAUAUACUAUUUAAAACUGACAAUAUGAUUUUGAAAUGCCUUUUUCUAUUAAAUGUCUUUAUUUGUUCAUGUGUCUUUCUUGAGGUUCUGCAAAUAUAAAAACAUGUUUUUUGUGUUUGUACCUAUUCUGGAUCUCAGAGUGAGUCAUAAGUUGAAUGUGUUCUGCUGUUGUUUUUUUUUUUAUAUAUAUAUUUAUAUGUUAAUUGGCUAAUUGGCCUGUAUAAUAAAUUCAGUCAUUCUCUGCUCGCCUGUUUAUUCUGAAAUAAAGUUAGUUACAACACCUGA